AUGUCUGAGUAUUACGACGAGGAAUUUGGAGAACUUGGAUUAGUAAUUGGUGAUUUUAACAUUCCUUAAAGAGCUGCUGAUUUGCCUCCUUAAUUUAAAGAUCUUCUUGUACCCAAUAAAGUCCAAUACGUAUUUUGCACAGGGAAUGUUGGCAACAGGGAAACUGCAGAUUGGCUAAAAACGCUAUCAGGAAACACUCACUUUGUAAAGGGAGAUUUCGAUGAAGUGAAAGAAGUACCUGAGACAAAGGUUGUGUAAAUUGGAUCAUGGAAGAUGGUGAUGGUGCAUGGACAUCAACUUGUGCCCUUUGGCGAUGAAGAAUCUUAAUAUACAUUUUUGAAAGAGAUGGAAGGGGAUGUCCUCAUUACAGGACACACAGGCGUUGCUAAAGUCACAGCUGUCGAGAAGAAAUAUAUUAUCAAUCCAGGUUCAGCAACAGGAGGAUUCAAUGGACAACAAACUUCAAUUCCAUCAUUCUUGAUUUUGGAGUUCAAGAAAGAAAAAUUACAAGUGUUCAUUUACACAUUAGAUGGAGAAGUCAAGAUAGACAAACAAGAAUUGCCAUUACAAAAGUGAAAUAUAAUCAUAAUAAUAACAAAUGAUAUGUGAGUUGUUAAA